CCUUCCGCUUCUCCUCACUGCUUUCCAACGACCUGCCAAUCUACCAGCCUGUUAAUUAUUAUUUUUGCUUCUUCUCUCUGUGUCUCUCCUUGGGAGGCCGGCUUCUCGUUCCUUGGCUGCCCGGGAGGAGUCAGCCUUCUCCUCUUUCCCUGCCUCAGCGCCGCCAGGAGCCCAGAGAACAUGCAAGCUAUCAAAUGUGUGGUGGUGGGAGAUGGAGCUGUGGGUAAAACCUGCCUCCUCAUCAGCUAUACCACCAAUGCCUUUCCUGGAGAAUAUAUUCCCACGGUAUUUGACAACUACUCAGCCAAUGUGAUGGUUGACAGCAAGCCAGUGAACCUGGGGCUGUGGGAUACAGCUGGACAAGAAGACUAUGACCGUCUUCGGCCUCUUUCCUAUCCCCAAACAGAUGUCUUCCUGAUCUGUUUCUCCCUUGUGAGCCCAGCCUCAUAUGAGAAUGUUCGUGCAAAGUGGUACCCUGAGGUUCGGCAUCAUUGCCCCAGCACCCCCAUCAUCCUGGUGGGCACCAAAUUGGAUCUUCGUGAUGACAAGGACACCAUCGAGAAGCUGAAGGAGAAGAAGCUAACACCCAUCACAUAUCCACAGGGCCUUGCCCUCGCCAAGGAAAUAGACUCUGUGAAGUACCUGGAGUGUUCUGCCCUCACUCAGCGUGGACUGAAAACUGUUUUUGAUGAGGCCAUCCGGGCCGUCCUUUGCCCCCAACCCACCCGACAGCAGAAACGCCCCUGUAGCCUACUCUAGAGGUAUGCCCUCGGGGCCCAUUUGUUUCCCAGCACCUUGUCACUAUCCUCCCCAGUUCUCUGAUUUCGAGGCCUGGGGGCUUUUCAGCCAGUCAGCCAGCCUUUUCCCCUUGGCGUUCCUUAAUAGAUGGAUGGAAUUCUUGGUCACUAAUCUGAUUGCCAAAGACAUUUCCAGGACAAGAUCAUGUGAGCGCAUGCAAAGCUGUUCCCCACUCUCUGCUUGGGCCCCCUACCAAAGCCAGGGGCUUCUGGGGGAGAUGACCAAUAAAACAGACCUCUUUUGCUGCA